AUGUGCAGUGCACAGGUCGAUCUAGGUUCAUGUUCCAGGACUUAUUGCCUCUACGUCGUCAUAGAUCUACUACCAUAUCUCAUCUUGGCGGGUGCCGUAGCUCUGUGGCACUUUUUGACAACAUGUCCCUCGUUCUCACAUGUGCUCCUCGGACAUGAGUACAGGUCCGACCAUUUGUUCUCAACGCCUUCCCGACGAAUUAGUGGCGGCGAAAUGCUAGAUGCGCCGCCCGCCCCCUGGAGAUACUACUCGCAAACGGCCCGACGCAAUAUGCCCAUUUCUUGCCAUUUCUCCGUCACUGUGAUGGCUCCCUAUGGCUCCUCUCCAAUGGAGUUCACGGGAUAUCAACAUUACCGGAUAUCGACCACGAAUGCACAGGACAACAAUAGCCAGGGUCGUAGCGACACGCUCAAGGGAAAGCUCACAACUCAUUCCGGCCAUCCGGGGCAUGUGGGCCUCGCGUGCCCAUGCAUUGCAUCACCAACCACCCAUAUCCAUCUCUGUCCACCUUUUUCUGGCCCUGGACGAUCUCGCCUCCAUUCCCCAAGAUCUGCCUACGGAUUCAAAAGGAGGGCAUACGCAAACGACAAGUCUCAUGACCAUCUUUUGGUUGGGCUGGGUGUUGAGUCUUUCUCCAUUGGCCAGAGUUUACUCUACAGCCCUGUCGGCCUUCCAAGAACUCGCAUGAUGCCCCUUUACCGCAAAUGA